CCUUGAUGUAUCACGAACUAUCUCGCCAUGUUAGCCUUGAAUGUAUCAAGAACUGCGCCUAAGGCUUGGUGUCAACGAUUGUAAUAACAUGCUACUGAUGAGAUCAUGAACUGUUCCUGCACCUCCUUAAUCGAUUACUGGGAUCUAUCUCAUGGAUUUUACUACCACACCGAGUUGAAGUCGUCAUUCGCGAUGCCCGUGCUCUACAGAUCAGGUCUGCAGCUAAAGAGAGGAAAAGAGCAUCGGUGUCAGAAUCCAAACAUACUCUCCAUCAAUUUUCAGUCCCUCACAACUCCCAUAGCCUUCAAUCCCUCGAAACCCGUUUCCAAAUCUUCGACACACGUAGACACGUCGUCACUGACCCAUCCGUCAGCGCCGGAGGUCCCACCGAACCCUCCGAAGAGCCCCGCGACCCGCCCCUCCGAGGACCCCCAACAUCGUGGCCCUCCCUCAACUUAGGGCAAAAUCCACACGACAUCACACAUCCCACAUUUCAAGUCCGCUUCAGGAUGGGGUCGGUUAGCUCAGUUGGUUAGAGCGUGGUACUAAUAUUUCAUCAAGAAAUGUUGUGUAAAUGCCAAGGCCGGGAGUUCAAGCC